GAGGGAAUUAGUGUGGCUCUCCUUCAGUCGGUGUUUCUCUCCGCUCACAGCGCCGGGGAUCCUCUCAGCCUCCUCGGAUGAUUUUCACGGGAGCCACUCGGCUGAAAAAUGACCCGGGGAGUGACCGUUGAUCUGCUGCACGAGGCUUGAAUCCACCCAGAAACCUCAUGGAGCAGGAUGUGGAGAGCCCGGCCGUCAUCAAACCGCCAAAGCUGCCGAAGCAGGCCCGUGAGGACCUGCCAAAGCAGCUGGCAGAAGUGGAACGGUCGAAGAGGAUCCAGCGGUACGUCCAGAAAGACGGAAAGUGUAACGUCCAUCACGGGAAUGUUCGGGAGACGUACCGCUAUCUGACGGACAUUUUCACCACACUGGUAGAUCUCAAAUGGAGAUUCAACCUCUUCAUCUUUGUGCUGGUGUACACCGUGACCUGGCUUUUCUUUGGUUUCAUGUGGUGGCUUAUUGCUUACCUUCGAGGGGAUCUGGACCAUAUAGCAGACAACCAGUGGACUCCAUGUGUCAAUAACCUCAACGGGUUUGUAUCAGCCUUUCUGUUCUCCAUCGAGACAGAAACCACCAUCGGUUAUGGAUACAGAGUCAUCACGGACAAAUGCCCAGAGGGUAUAGUUCUGCUUUUAGUGCAGUCAGUGCUGGGAUCUAUCGUCAAUGCCUUUAUGGUGGGUUGCAUGUUUGUUAAGAUCUCACAGCCUAAGAAGCGAGCUGAGACUCUAGUGUUUUCCACCAAUGCAGUCAUCUCCAUGAGAGAUGGACGACUGUGCCUGAUGUUCCGAGUCGGAGACCUCCGAAACUCGCACAUCGUCGAGGCUUCAAUCAGGGCCAAGCUUAUCAAGUCUAAGCAGACCAAGGAGGGGGAGUUCAUCCCUCUGAACCAGACGGACAUAAAUGUGGGCUACAACACGGGAGACGAUAGGCUUUUCCUCGUGUCGCCGCUCAUCAUCUGUCAUGAAAUAAAUCAGAACAGCCCCUUCUGGGAGAUCUCACAAGCCACCCUCGCCAAGGCAGAUCUGGAGAUCGUCGUGAUUCUGGAGGGGAUGGUGGAGGCCACAGGGAUGACGUGCCAGGCCAGGAGUUCGUACGUCAGCAACGAGAUCAAAUGGGGCUACCGCUUCACCCCAGUCCUGACCCUGGAGGACGGCUUCUACGAGGUCGACUACAACAGCUUCCACGACAUCUAUGAGACCAACACACCCACCUGCAGUGCCAAAGAGCUGGCUGAUAUGACCAACCGCGCACGCCUGCCACUCACCUGGUCUCUAGCCAGCAAGCUGAGCCAGCAGGGACUGCCAGAGUCUGAGCAGGAGAAUCCGGAGACCAAGACCAACGAGGAAAAAGAAGUGAAGAGCCAGCAGACUGAGAGGAACGGGGACAUUGCCAACAUAGAGAGUGAGUCCAAAGUGUAGCGAGUAGGAUAGAGAUCCAUAUGAGAUUAUUACUGAGUACUGUAGGACUCUCCAAAUAAGACACCAGAGCACAGGUGAGAGUUUUAGGUACUAAUCGAGGACCAAUGAGCACAGUAGACCAAGUAUCCCUGCACCAAGAACAGCUUUUUCUCAGUGAUCCACAGUUAGCCCAAACAUUUAGACAUGUUACCACCGCUGAACUGAACCCACUGCGGAAAGUGCAUGUUUCAUAUAUAAUGUGAUGUCCUCCUGAUGAGAUUCCUAUUAUUUUUUCUAUUAAGAUAUUCCUAGGGGCAUUUGCAUAAGUAUUUUUGUAUAUACUAUAAAAUGUUUUGAAUUCUUUGUUUUGUUGCAGUGUGAAUAUUUGACAGAUGUUUGAUACUAAUACCUUUAGGUUAGUUCUGUAUAUAUAUUCUAUGCCUUACUCUAUGUAUAAAGCCUUCAUUAUUUGAUAUUUCAGAACUAUAUUAGCAUGUAUAAACAUUAUCUGCAGUUAAUUUAUCUUGUAUUGUGUAUAUACUGUAUGAUGAUAAUGUAAUAAGGAACACAUACAUCUCAAUGGAUGCAAACUCUAGUUUAAACCAAUGACAAAUACUUCCCCAAACGACACCUACAUGUUUGUUGAAGGUAGAGCUACACGUCUACAGUACGGUUCAGACUCCAGAAGCCAUGACUUGCUGUUAACAGCUGAGUGACUUCACACAACGGCCCUUUAAAACUGCAUCUCGUCACUUUUGCACAGUGGAGGCCUCUGGUGGAGGAAGGAAGUUUAAGUCUCCAGGAAUCCCUCACA